AUGGUCGAUCGUCCGAAACAUUCUACUCAUCGCGUUAUUAUCAAUUCUGGUUUAGUUGAGAACGGAAGCGUCUGUUCUCAUGAUCUUGUUCAUGUAUAUCAGGCCGACAUAUUUUUGCGGGUAGCCAUGACUGUUUUACCAAUAGCUGCUGUUGUUAGUUAUUUACUUGAUAGUAUAUGGCAACUGACAACAAGCAGCACGUAUGCAGGAUUAUCAUCCACGGUGUUGCACAUAUUUUAUUAUUUACAGUUUUAUUCCUUCUUUACAGUCCAACCAUCUUGGAUAAUAACCGUCUUUAAUAUUACCUAUCAAAUAAUCAUAUGGAUAGUGAGAAUUGGAGGUGAUGUAGUUUAUUUGAUUGAUCAUAAGCAAGCGGGAGAUAAGUUUUAUACAGUUAUUUUAUCUGUAAAUAUUGUACAAGACACUGUGUUUAUCUGCUGGAUAUGCGCCUAUAAAAUAUUACAGUAUGAACCAUUAAUUAAAGUUGAACACAAAGCUUUGUUUAGUGUUGUAUCACGUCUAGAAGUGAUUUUGGCUAUACUGGUACCAAUAUUUUCACGAAAAGAUAAUUUAGUUAAACGAACAGUGGCUAACAUUUCAUUAUUUAUCUUGUAUGAUUUCUUUGCUGGCUAUUAUCGUUGGUUUACUGUUCGACUCAAAUGGUGUUUGUGGUUAUUCGUUGUCUUUGUCACUGUUUCUGUUUGUAAUGAAUGGUUAUACUUUGCUAAAGGACAUGAAUUUGAAAUAUGCGAUAAAAUCGGGGCCGCAUUCGAAUUUUUAGCCGAAUGUAGUUGUUGUUUAUUAAUCAUCUGGCAAUUUCAAAUGCCGUCUAAGACUAAAAAGCCGAAUAGUGUACUAUAA